CUGGGCUGCCGGGCGACGUCGCCUCACCACCAUCUCCCUCUCCCUUGCCGCGAUAAUAUCUUCCCGCCCCGCUGCCGGGGACGCAGCUUCACCUCACCUCCCAACCGCCCGCGUGCGUGACGCUGACCGCUCCGGGAUCCAAGCCGACCACCGCCACCCGACAAAACCAGCUUCCUCCCCGCCCCCGCAACUAUCCACCCUCUCCUCUGCCAGCAGCUAUCCAAUCCAUUCGCCGCAGCAGCGGCGGCGCCGCCGGCGGCUGGUCGAUCGAUGAAGGUGCUCUGCUCCGCGUGCGAGGCGGCCGAGGCGCGCGUGCUCUGCUGCGCCGACGAGGCCGCCCUCUGCGCGCGCUGCGACCGCGACGUGCACGCCGCCAACCGCCUCGCCGGCAAGCACCGCCGCCUCCCGCUCCACCCGCCCGCCGCCGCCUCCGCGCCCACCUGCGACAUCUGCCAGGAGUCCCACGCCUACUUCUUCUGCGUCGAGGACCGCGCGCUGCUCUGCCGGAGCUGCGACGUAGUCGUGCACACGGCCAACGCCUUCGUCUCCGGGCACCGCAGGUUCCUCCUCACCGGCGUCCAGGUCGGCCUGCAGCCCGACGCCCAGGACCCGGAGCAGCCGCAUCCCCCGACCUCCGCCGCCUCCGCAGCACCAGCACCAGCAGCUCCCCUCCCAACGCCCCUGCCGCCGCCCGCCAAGAAGGCGCGCACCAGCCCGGCACCGCUCUACAGCGACGACGACAUCGACUGGGCGGUGGCCGGCGGUCCGGACGUCGGCAUCGCCGGGAACCUGCCGGACUGGCCGCUCGUCGACGAGCAGUUCAGCGCUCCGGUGCCGAGACCCGCGGCGGAGGCGCACGUGACCAGAACCCCGUCCAAGCGGAGCCCCCGGCGGCCACUCGCGGCGGCGUUCACCGUCCAGGGCGGCCUUGCAGGGGGCAUGCCGGACUGGCCGCUGGACGAGUUCUUCGGCUUCUCGGAGUUCAACACCGGCCUCGGCUUCACCGAAAAUGGAACGUCCAAGGCUGACAGCGGGAAGCUCGGGAGCACCGACGGGUCGCCGGCGGGCCGGUCGUCGUCGGACACGGCGCAGGACUUCUUCGGGCAGGUGCCGGAGUUCCACCACUGGUCCGUGCCGGAGCUCCCCUCCCCGCCCACGGCCUCGGGCCUCCACUGGCAGGGCGGCCCGCGCCACGGCGCCGCCGCCGCCGACACCGCCGCGGUGUCCGUGCCGGACAUCUCCGCGCCGGAGGAGAUGUUGACGUGACAAGAUAGGGAAAGAGAGGCGUCUCCUUCAGUACUGGAGUGGUGUACUGGGGUGUGUAGGCUUGCAAGAAACAAAAGAUUUGCUGGCGUGUACUUCCAUGGUGAGGAGUCAGUAGCUCGUAGGACAAGAUCGAGAGUGAGGGUUGCUUGGAGAAGAUCAGAUGAAGCAGACAGAGAUAGCACUUGUAGUUGCUAGUCGAUGAACCUGAUUAACUAGGAGAUUUCUGUGUGACUAUGUACGUUGGUUUUGUUAUCUCGAGGUGUCAGAAAAAAAAGAGUAAAGAUGAAGAAUAAAAAGGUGAAUCUGCUGGGCUGUCACGAGGGUAAUCAUGAUAAAGCUCCAAAUGACAGACACCGUGCAUCUGUUAAUUGUCA